UUUGGCCCGAUGACCUUAUUUCAGUGUAUUUAGGACUCGGACAGGAAACAAACACAUCUGACCCCAUUUUCUCUGAAGUUCUGAGCUAAAAGCUCAUUAACCUGCAGCAACGAGGUCACAUCUGGAGCAGAUGUUGACGAACCCUGAGUGCAUGGAGUUAAUGGAUCAUUGUUCAAUAGUCCUCCGUCAUCCAUUGAUCAGCCUCACGUAAAGAGCUGCAGCAGGACAGAGCGACUGCAGAGCAACCGCAGAGCGACCGCACAGUGAGAACCAGCCGAGAACAAGCCGAGAACCAGCCGAGAACCAACCGAGAACCAACCAAGAACCGACCGAGAACCAGCCGCCAGCAAUGAGCCUCGUCCACGCCAGCCGGACACCGUCUCUCUGCUCUCUGGGUGGAAACUGCAGCGCUCAUCAUCUCCACAUCAGGACGUCUCAGCUGGUCCACCUGCUUGGCCACGCCCCCACACACAGCUCCUACCUGCAGCCUCACCUGUUCCCUACUGUGGACGUCCCUGACCACGCCCACUACAUCAUUGGCUCCGUCAUCCUGUCUGUCGGGGUGACGGGCAUGCUGGGAAACGCUCUGGUCAUCUACGUGUUCUGCUGCAGUCGGACACUGCAGUCACCUAGCAACCUGCUGGUGGUCAACCUGGCGGCCGCUGACUUCCUGAUGUCUCUGACACAGUCUCCGGUGUUCUUUGUGGCGAGCCUGCACCGCCGCUGGGUGUUCGGAGAACUGGCCUGCGAGCUCUACGCCUUCUGCGGCGCUCUGUUCGGUUUUGCAUCCAUGAUGACGCUGACGGCCAUCGCAGCGGACCGCUGCCUCGCCAUCACGCGGCCACUGGCGCUCGGCGGGGCGAGUCAGCGGUGGGUGCUGGUGGUGGUGGCGGGGGUGUGGCUGUACUCGCUGGGCUGGAGUCUGCCGCCGUUCUUCGGGUGGAGCGCCUAUGUCCCCGAAGGCUUGCAAACAUCCUGCAGCUGGGACUACAUGAGCUUCACGACCGCCGUGCGUGCCUACACCGUCCUGCUGUUCGCCUUCGUCUUCUUCCUGCCGCUCGCCGUCAUCGCCGGAUGCUACCUGGCCAUCUUCCGGGCGGUGCAGCGAGCGAGCCAAGAGGUGGAACGGCUGAGCGGUCGACAGACCAACAGGGCGUACGAGCGUCUGCGUGGCGAGUGGCGGCUGGCCAAAGUGGCUCUGGGAGUGAUCGUGCUUUUCGUGGUGUCCUGGUCGCCGUAUUCUGCCGUGGCUCUGACCGCCACCGCCGGCUACGCCCACCUGCUGACUCCAUACAUGAACUCUGUUCCCGCCGUCGUCGCCAAGGCCUCCGCCAUCCACAACCCCAUCAUCUACGCCAUCACGCAUCCCAAGUACCGUGCCGCCAUCGGCCGCCGCGUGCCGCUGCUGCGUGCCGUGCUGCAGCUGCAGGAGAAAGACCUGCGCUCAUCACUCAGCUCCAGCGCCAUGUCAUCUCACCGCACGACACUCACCGACUCACCGGGAGUCGGCCUCGCCACCGUCCGGACCGACGGCCGCUGGGGGAGGAGCCGACUGUCCUCAGCAUCCGACAGCGAGUCCUGCUGGACGGAGAGCGAAGCUGACGGGUCCAGUUCAGGAUCAGCCGCUUUCAGCCGGCAGCCAUCUGCCGACGUCAUGACUGAGCCCACAAGCUCCGCCCCUUCCUCCCUGCAGCCUGAUGGGGGCGCCAUGAUGGAGACUAAAGCUCUGCUGGUCCCUCUCUGACACCUGCUGCUCACCUGUCCCCGCCCCUCAUCACAUGACCCGCUCUCAUGCACGUGGCCCCGCCCCCUACGGCUGCACCACCAAAGAAGAAGAAAGAAGGAUUUGAUUGGACGGAGAGAAAACAGCUGGUGAUGACAUCACUGCUGAUCCUGGAGCUCAGACCUGCUUUAGAGUUAUUGAUUGAUUAUUGGCACCAAUCAGCAUCUAAGGCAGCGGAUUUAUGAAGCAAAGCUGAAGACUGAUUGAUCGAUUGAUUUCUUUUUGUUAAUAAAGUUCAGAACAAACUUUAUUUUUCUCCUUCUGAUGUUUCAAGUAAAGUUUUUUUCAGUUUGAAUUAAAUAAUGGUUGACUUAUUGACAGGUAUUCAUAAUUUAUUGCCGAUUUAUUGACACUCCUGAUUUAUUGAUGAGUGUCUGAUUUAUUGAUGAAUUUAUGAUUUAUUGAUAAUUUCUGAUUUAUUGAUGAGUUUCUGAUUCAUUGACCAGCCUGCAGCUCACGUGGAUGUUAAUAAAUGAUCCUCUCAUCUGGUUUCCUGGUGAAUGAGUCCUGAGAGUUGGACUGAUCGAUACCUGAUCAAACAUAUUGAUCGUGUGUGUGUUCGCUGCCCCCUGCUGCUCACAUUUGUCACCCUGCAGCUUUAAUCUCAGCCAUAUGUUCUGCUGUUCAUGUGAAGCAGCUGUGAAUAAAGUU